AUGAUAAAAAUGAAUGAGAAAUAUGUUAAAGAAUUGAUACUACUGCUGUUGUUCGCUAUGAUAUAUACAUCGUUAGAGUCGAAUUGUGAAUUUUGGAUCGAAGAUGAUUUUCAUCCAUUUGUGCCAAAAUCAGAGGAAGCACGAGAAGAAUAUUGCGGUUUCUUUAAAGAAAUGAAUUUGUCCAGAAAUGAGUUAAUGGAUACAAUCAGGAAAUGGGCAUCAAAAUAUGGAGUUUUGGAACAAUUUGAUAACUACGUUGACGAAGAGUUACGAUACGAAAAUAUGGUUUAUGAUAUAUUCAAGGAUAAAGUUAACAGUACAUGUGGGAGUGAAAAAAUUAAGAGAACUCUUUUCGAAAUAACAGAUUUGCUAACAGACAGAGAUACUGCACAACAAACGAUUCAGACUAAAAUUGAUGAAAUCAUAAAUAAUUUAAACGAGAGAGAACGGAUGGAAUUAACUCAAUUAUGGGCGAUACUAGGUGAAGAAGCGAUCAUCGAAGCGCAAGACAAAUUUGAAAAUGGAAAUAGUAUUUGGGAAGCAGUUGAAAAUACUACUCAAACUGAUAAUUUUAAAAGUGAAAUAGUAAAAGACAACGAUAAAAUACUAAUCAGUAAUUAA